AUGGGAAACCUUAAAAGGGCAUUUAAAAUUUUCUAAGACUCAAUUGCUAUGCAACUAAAUUAAUCUGAAAGAAACUGGCUAUAGAUUGCUUUUACAAUAAACUAAAUUGGACUACUUUACUUGAAAUCUAGAAGCUAUAAAAAGGCACUAUCAUAUCUAUUAGAAUCACUUAACAUUGCAAAGAAAUGUGAAAAUACCAAUUAAAGAUUAAUUGCCAAUUACUUCAACAACAUAGGUUUGUGCUAUUUAAAGCUUUCUAAUUAUGAAAAAGCUUUAAAAUACAUCAAUUAAUCACAUGAAUUAAGAAAAUAAAUAUUUAAAGGUAAUCAUCCUGAUAUUUUAGAUUCUUUAAAUAGCUUAGGUUUAUUUUACUCUGACUUAAAUGAAAAAAAUCUAGCUUUAAAAUACUUUGACUAGUUGAUCUAAAAUAGAGAAAAAUUGAAUGAAGAAAAUAAUUUAUUUAAAGCAAACUUACUAAAUAAUAUUGGAUGUUAUUUACUCAAAUGUGGAAAUACUAAAUAAGCCAUAGAAUAUUUGCAAAAAUCCUACCAAAAGAGAAAAUUUGUAAGUGAAAAAAAUCUUAAAAUAAUUGCUGAAUCUGCCAACAAUAUUGGUGUAUGCUAUUAAUAUCUAAAUGACAAAGAAAAAUCAAUUUAAUAUUUAAACUAAUCGCAUAGUAUUUUUUAAAAAUAUGAAUAAGAUUUUCAUUUUAUCUAUGCUACUUCUCUGAGCAACUUAGGUUAACAUUAUCAAGAGUUUGGUGACUAUUAAAAAGCUUAAGAAAGCCUUAAAGAGUUUUAAUGUGGUGCUAUCAUUGUAAACAAAUUAAAAUGA